GAAACGGAUAGUUGGAGCACCAUACUAAAAAAUUAUCAUCAGUGCCUAAAUAUAUUGGAGGGGAUAUCACAUUCAUUAAACCUGACAACUAGGCAUUACUGGAAAGGGGAGUAUCUAGAUUAAUUUGCAUAUUUUUCUUGUCCCUUAAUCGCUGCAUUUCACUGGCUAAGCGGGGAACUUGCCAAUAAUGUGUGAAUGGUUUUAAUACUCAAUCAGCUGUUGAUGCAUUUUUUCCAAUACUUAACCUCUCUUCUGCCAAUGAACUUGUAAGAAACAUUCUCAUUUUGGCAGCAUGUUUUUCAAAUGGCUAAUCAUCUGACAAUAAGAACUUUUGGAGGGUAGGGAGCAAUAUUUUAGGUGUUUAGCCAAUAUGGUUAUUAUAAAAUAACUCUGAUUUUACAGACAACAUCAUUCUUCUUUCCGCAGGCACACGCAUUUUAUGGUUUUCAAAUUACAAUGGAAAGUAUUCACUCCGAGAUGUACAGCUUGCUUCUGGAGACUUGUAUCAAGGACUCAAGGCAGAAAAAUAAGCUUUUUAAUGCAAUUGAAAGCAUUCCUUGCGUCUCACGGAAGGCCAAGUGGGCCUUGAAUUUGAUACAGAGUUCCAGCUCAUUUGCUGAGAGGCUUGUAGCCAUUGCCUGUGUGGAAGGAAUUUUCUUUUCGGGAAGCUUUUGUGCCAUUUUUUGGUUGAAAAAGAGUGGUUUGAUGCCGGGAUUGACUUUUUCAAAUGAGCUCAUUUCAAGGGAUGAGGGUCUCCACUCUGACUUUGCUUGCCUUCUUUAUAGUUUUCUGAGAAAGCAAUUGACUAGGCAAAAAGUUCAUCAGAUUGUGCAUGAAGCUGUUGAAAUUGAGACUGAAUUCGUCUGUGAUGCCCUUCCGUGUGCAUUGAUUGGCAUGAAUGCAGAACUAAUGAGUUACAUUAGGGUACGACAAGAAGUAUAAUGUUGAGAACCCCUUUGAUUGGAUGGAAUUUAUUUCACUUCAGGACAAAGCCAACUUCUUUGAGAGGAGUAGGUGACUAUCAGAAGGCUUUUGUGAUGUCAAGCUUGCAAGACAAUGGCAAGAAUUUUGAGUUCAAACUAGCUGAGGACCUAGAGCUUUUUCCUUUUCCCUUUUUGUCUCCUCAGUAAGAGGCUUUACUUCCUCUAGCAUCACCUUGAUGCUGAAAGAUGUCAUCUUUUUGUAGUACCAUUCAUUAAAGAUCAUAUCCUUUAUAGUAAAUACCUUUUUAGAAGGGCAUUUGAUUGCCUUAUGUGAAGAAAAAGUAAGUGUAUUUGUCAAACAUGAUAAUUUUGGUAGUUAUGAUUGUUGGUUGGACUUUGGAGACUAUGUGAAACUCUUUGGCCAACCAUUUGUUGACUAGUAAGGGCAAAGAUAGUGAAAAUUGGUUCUUGAAUUCAUCUUCUUAGGUGGAUUGGCUUAAUCAUCAUUUGGUUUCCACUUCAUGCCCACUUUUACUUGUUGCUUUUUAUCUAUUUCAUCAUAAAUAUUCUUCAGACAAGAUAUGGACCA